AUGUGGAAGUUUAAAAAGGAUGAAAUUCAAGAUUUACGUCGUGUGACAACAGAUGAUGAGGGGAAUGUUUAUGUGACUGAUUGGAUGAAAGCCAUUGUAGUAGUUGUAUCAGAUGAUGGCAAACAACAUAGAGAACUUCUUACUAAAUCAGAUGGAUUGUAUACGCCGAGAGGAAUUUAUUAUGACAAAAAAGAACAUAUUCUGCUUGGAACGAGGUCAUGUGAUGAUGUAGCUAUAAUAGGAGCCGGUAUAGCUGGAACAUACGCUGGAUGGAGACUCAGAAACCUAAAUAAACAAAUAACUGUGUACGAAUACUCUAACAGAGUAGGAGGAAGAUGUUACACGAUGAAAUUUCAAGAUAUUCCUGACAUCAAUAUUGAGCUCGGCGCUAUGCGAUUCUUUGCAACACCACACAAAUUACUGUAUGAUACAAUACGAGAACUAGGACUUCCGGUCCAAAAAUUUGUUUUAGGCAGUGGAGCAUCAGCUGAUACUACUGUACACGUACGUGGAGCACAUCUUCGAUACAAGGAUUUAGGGGAUACCAGUACUCCUUACAAACUACUUCCGAAUGAGCAGAAACCAGUGAGUCAACUUCAAUGGGAAAUGUUUACGAAUUAUACCGACGUACUAACGACAAAUGUCCCUGAAGAUGCUAAACGAUUUCAAAUUAAAGAUGAUGAUGGACUUCAAAUGUACAAGCAAAGUAUAAAUUCGUUGUACCAUAAAUUCCUUAGCUCAGAAGCACAGAAUUAUAUCAGAGACACAGCUUCCUUCAUUAGCUUAGGUUUAAGUGCAUCGGCAAAGGUUAUUACAUCGUCUCCGUCUCAUGCAGAGAAUGAAGUUUUAACAGUGACAUCAGGAUUUAGUUCUAUACCUGAAAAGCUUCUUGAAGAGUUCCUUCGGGCGAGUCGAAGGCACAAUGUUAAGCUGAAUCACCACUUAAAAGCAAUUAAGAAAAUGAGAAAUGGUUAUUACAACUUGUACUUCGAACCUACGAUUACAAGAAAUGGACGGACAAGCAUUGUAAAGAAUAAACCUUUGAUAAAGAAGUGUGCUAAAAAGAUCAUCCUUGCAGUCAAUAGAUUAUCACUUGAAAGGCUGAACUGGAAAGGUUUGCACCAACCUCAUAUCAGAGAAUACAUAACCAAAUCAGUGAAAGAUGUCAGCGCUGGGAAACUUUUUCUAGCUUAUAAUAUCCCUUGGUGGAGAAAUUCUCCGGUUUACUCCAAAUAUGCUAUAUCAGAUACCCCAUUAAAGCAAACUUCCGAUUUCGGUACAUCAAAAGCUAAUCCUACAAAGUCCAUACUACUACCCAUGUACACCGAUAGUGAAAUGUCAUACUGGAACGAACUAAUUGAAAGGGAACAUGGUAAUAUAAAUAAUAGGGAUGUGGUCUUCUCCGUUGGAAAAGAAAUUGUCAAAGUUACAAACAAAUAUUUGUCUGCCAUAUAUCGACUUCCACUUUCAGACAUACCACCACCAAUAAAUGGAAUUUUCGGUUAUUGGCAGAAUUAUCCCUAUGGUGGGGCGUGGCAGCUAUGGAUGCCAGGAUAUAUAUGGCCGGAAGUUGAAAAACAGAUGACAAAACCGUCAAAGAAUGAUGAUGUGUUUGUAGCUGUAAACGCAUUCAGUUCUCGCUCUUCGUUCUCUAACUCAGCGUUGCAAGUAGUGGAGCUCGUUAUGCCAUAUUUUGGUUUAAAAUGUAGAGAGUAA